AUGCUAUUUGAUAUUUUAUUAACUAACAAGAAAAACAAAGUGUCAGCUCAGGGUAUUGGUUUGUUGUGUUGCCUCAUUGAGAGCGCUGCGAUUGGCGGCGCUAUAAUCGGCAAUAGUUACGGCAGUAAUGGUGGGAGUAUUGGCGCCGUUAGUGGUCGAGCUAGUGGUGGCUGUAUUGACGGCGGUAGUGGUGUUUGUAGUUUUGCCGGUAGUGGUGGUUGUUGUAUCAGCGGUAAUGGUAUUUGUAGUGUUAGCGGUAGUGGUGGUUGUAGUGUCGGAGGUAGUGGUGAAUGUAAUGAUGAAGCUAAUGACGGCGGUAGGGAUAGAGCUAGUGACGGCGGUAAUGGUAGAGGUGGUUGCGGCGGUAGUGACUUUGAAAGUAGAGAUGUUAGCGGCCGUGGCACUGGUUGUAGCAGCUGUAAAGUCGGUAGUAGUGUAAGUAUUGGUAUUUAUAGUGGUGUCAGCGGUGGUGUCGGUAGUGGUUGCGAUAGAAAUGGCGGUACUUAUGUCGUUGUUGGUAGUGUGUCUGCCCAGUGCAGCGGUGCCAGUGCUGACAAUGACAACAAUGAUGAUUUGGAUGGUCGACAUUCUGAAUCGAUCUUGUGA